AUGGCGCCGUCAGCGGGGCUGCGUCGUUCCCUGUGCGGCGUGGUGGUGGUGUCCGUCGUGCUCCUGCUGCUGCUCCCUUCCGUGCGUCGCGCGACAACGUCCUUCAAGAGCACUCCGUCUUUCGCGCGCGGCGAGUUCCAGCCCGCACGCUUUCUGUCUCCUCUCUUUCGUCUGACUUCUCUCUCUCCUCUCCUUCCACUCUCGCCCCUCUCUCCUCUCACUCCACUCUCCGAUCAUCUGAUCGCCCUGCGCCUUCCUCCCCGUACCAUCACCCCCUUCCUCGCCCCGCGCAGUCCUGCAGCGGAUGACAGCUCAACCGCCUCCCGGAGGUCCGCCGCUUCUUCGAGGUGUGCCCCCCCCCGCUGCUGGACGCGCGCGCCGUCUUUGCUCCGCUCGUCUGCUCGCGCGCCCCCGCGCUGCUCGCGCCCCCCCGCGCUGCUCGCGCCCCCCCGCGCUGCUCGCUCGCCCCCGCGCUGCUCGCGCGGCCCCGCGAAUGCGCGCGCGCCUGCUUUGUUCACCCGCGCCGCUGCUCUCAUGCGCGUGUCUUCGAGCGCCCUUCUUGGUGGCUGUCCAGAGCGUGUGGAGGCCAACGCGUACGAGUCGCUGACCAUCAACUACAUACACGGCAAGGUGCCGGAUUUGGUGCUCUUCGACUCGGCCAACAGGGAGGUGGCUCGCUACGAUGUCUCGCCCAAAACGUUUGAUGAGAUAGAAAAGCUUGUGCAGUCAUUGGGGUUUAAGCAUGGUAAGAUAGCGCCGCCACUGGAAGAGGACAAUGAUGUUGCCAUUAAGUAG